ACCAAUAACAUUUUUUAUUUUUAUUUUUUUAUAAAUGAGUGUCACUUGUUUACAACCUGGCACCCACUCUCAUCAACUUUCAGCAAAAGCAAAAGACUAACAUGUAUUCCUCUCUUUCUAAUCUCCGAAACUCAGAGUAAUUACCUUUCACGAAAUGCUACAUAUUCAGUAAAUCGUGAGGAGUGCAGACAUCAUAAACUCGUUGCAUUGUUUCGUGAGCGUUCAUCUUAAAGUCACUGUCUUGUUGGUUGUUUCUGUUUGAACCUAUACAGUAGUUUAUGGAGAGUUGGGAAGGCGGAGAACCAGCAAUAGGCAUCGAUUUGGGCACGACCUACUCAUGCGUUGCUGUAUGGAAACAUGAUCGAAUUGAGAUCAUUACGAAUGAUCAAGGAAACCGAACGACCCCAUCAUGUGUUGCCUUCACAGAUGUCGAACGUCUCAUUGGCGAUGGUGCCAAGAAUCAAAUUGCAAGGAACCCUGCUAACACUGUAUUCAAUGCGAAGAGGUUGAUCGGCAGGAGGUUUAGUGAAGUCAUGGUGAAGGAAGACAUAAAGCUAAUGCCAUUUAGGGUCAUACAAGGGCCUAGCGACAUGCCAAAAGUUGUUGUUACUCACAAAGGUCACGAACAACAAUUUUCUACGGAGGAAAUUUCGUCAAUGGUUCUAGCCAAGAUGAAAGAGAUUGCAGAGGCGUAUAUUGGUGGCACUGUGAAAAAUGCUGUAAUCACUGUCCCUGCUUAUUUCAAUGAUUGUCAGCGUCAAGCAACAAAGGAUGCUGCUACUAUUGCUGGAUUAAAUGUGGUACGCAUGAUCAAUGAGCCAACAGCAGCUGCAAUUGCUUAUGGUGUAGACAAUAGAUUCAAUGGAAAGAAGAAUGUGCUUAUCUUUGAUCUUGGUGGUGGCACCUUCGAUGUCUCUCUUCUCACCAUUGAUGGAGAGGGUAAGUUUGAGGUGAAGGCUGUUGCUGGUGACACUCAUUUGGGAGGUGAGGAUUUUGACAACCGAAUGGUAAAUUAUUGUGUUGAUGAUUUUAAGAAGAAAUGGAACAAGGAUUUAACCGGAAACGAAAGAGCGUUAGGAAGGUUAAAAGUUGCCUGUGAAAAAGCAAAGAGAAUUCUUUCAUAUGAUACUCAAACUUCAGUCGAACUAGAAGUGUUGCUGGAUGGUAUUGACUUUUCUAUGAAGAUUACUCGUGCGAAAUUUGAGGAGCUUAAUAUGAGUUUCUUUACAAAGUGUAUCAAGCAACUUGAGUCAUGUUUAGCUGAUGCGAAUAUGAAGAAAGGAAGUGUAGAUGAGGUGAUUCUUGUUGGUGGAUCAACUAGGAUACAAAAGAUCCAACGUAUGUUACAUGAGUUUUUUGAUGGGAAGGAGCUAUGCAAGAGCAUCAACCCUGAUGAAGCUGUAGCUUAUGGGGCGGCAGUUAUGGCUGCAAAAUUAUGUGGUCAGACUACGAAGAUGAUAAAGGAAUUGGUGCUAUUGGAUGUGACUCCCUUGUCACUUGGUAAAGAGGUAAUAGGGGAAAGAAUGCAUGUUGUGAUACCAAGGAACACUCCUAUACCUACCAAGAAGACCAUGAAUUUUGUUACAACCUCAGACAACCAAUCUUCUACGGAUAUCAUGGUGUACCAAGUUACAUCUAAGGUAGUAUCCACUGGUAAGACCAAAAGCCUUACUGUUACCAAUCUUAGUGGAAGAUUGUCGAAGCGACAGAUUAAGAAAAUGGUGAAAGCUGCUGAGAAGUUCAAGCUUGAGGACCAAGAGUUCAAGAGGAAAGCUGAAGCAUGCAAUGCCUUGGAGGAUUACAUAUAUGACUUAAAGAAUAAGAUUAAGAGAAAUGAUAUUCCCCCAAAGGACUUGAAGAAUGUGCAAAAUGCAAUCGAUGAUACAGAGGAAUGGCUCUCUACUGGCAAUGUUGCAUCUGUUGAUGAGAUUGAGCGGAAGAAGGAGAUCCUAGAGUUCAUAUCCCGUCUUGCAAUCUUCUAA